AGGAACAUUCUUUUGAAAAUUGGAACCUUAUUAUUAGGUACGGUGGAGUUCAUUAACCAUAUUCUAUGUCACAGUUUAAACUCUAAAAGGUCGAGAAAGCUUUACACGACGCAAGAUUGAAAUAAAUUAAGUGAAAAAUGGUUCUUGUUGGAGCAGUUAUUCUUCCUCAUGGCACGAUGUCAUUUGAUGGACAAGGUUCCGAGAGUUCAGUGAAGUCUUGCCGUGACCGGCAUGAAGGUUUACCAAAAGACUUGCAGGUGCAAUUAUCUGGUCUGUUCGAUGCAACAACAAAAGCCUGUGAGGAAAUUUCUGAACUCAAGCCGGACAUCGUAAUGUUGCAUACCCCCCAUGGAAUAUCAUUGUCUAAAUCAAUCGGUAUCUAUAUGAACAAUGUAGCAAAAGGCAAUGCUCUUUGGAAUGGAAAAUGGGACGAAUUUAAAGUGGAAGUUCCGAUAGAUACUGAACUGGCAACGAAAAUUGUUGAGCAUUUUGAAGAAGAUGAAAUUGAUGCUCAAGGUGUAAAUUCGUUUGCCCGCACGGAAGCGCCCCUACGAUGGGGAGAGGUUGUACCUCUUUGGUAUUUGGAACGAGAAUUUAAAAAAUCCAAGCAGCAACCGAAAUACGUAAUCCUAAGCCAAUCGAUGAGAAGGGGAAACAUGGGCGAAGAUAAGUUGGUAAUUGGAAAAUCCCUUGCUAAAUUUCUGAAAAAAAUUGAAACAAGAGUCGUACUUGCAGUCAGCGGUGAUCUCUCGCAUACUCAUGCCCAUAGUUACUGCGAUAUUCCGCUGUACUUACCUGACCCACGAUGGAACCUGUCCCAUUCCGACACAGCCGUAGUCUUCGAUCGUGCUAUUGAAGGAUGGGCCAUCAGCGGUGAUUCAAACCUGAUUGGAUCUGAUGCGCAGCUUCCAUCUUGUGAUAAAGCAGUGUUAUGGGAUGUUUCGUUGGCCAAGGCAUGGUUGGAUCAAACUAUUGAACUACAACCUCAAGCCAAGUCUUGUGGCAUUGGCGGUUUCAUUGUCCUACAUGGACUUCUCUCGCAAUGUGAUCAGAAAAUCUACAGUAAGGUCUUUGGACGGUUCGCACCUACUUACUAUGGCAUGAUCGCCAUUGUAUUUUCCAUAUGUUAACAAGCAAAGACCAUUUAGCAAAUUCUUGAAUGGAAUAUACAAAAUAUAACUAAAAACAGACAUUACUUGCCAAAAAAUACUUUCAUCUAGCGUUUGAGCUGAAUCUCAUUCGCUUAAUACUUCAGGCUCAGCCGUAAAAGUACUUUUAACUUGAAUUCCUGAAGCUGUCUACUUGUUCGCGAAAGCCUACACAUUUGAAAGCUUUUAAUCCUGUCCGAGAUGCUAACAUUAUCAAUAGGCCAACUCCUUUUGACUUAUUCUAACUAGUUUGUUUUCUAUAUCAUGCAGUUAGCUAACUAUGAUCUAAUAAAAUUUCUCACUGACACGUAACGUUGCUUUCAUUCUUUUCUCUUAUUCGUUUAUUCGAACAUUGUAUCACCUUAAUAACGAACAGAGUCUGCUUGUUGGCACAUUUAAUGUUCAAAUUUGCCACAAAUGGAAUCGCGUAGAAAGAAUAUAAAAGACAACUACAACCAAUGUUCAAAAUCUAGAACAAUUCGUUUCUGAAGCCGAAAAGGCAAAAAGAGAUCUGACGCACACGGAAGAGUUAAAACAGGAACAGUUGUUGCAUGAAGCGCGAAUGAAAAUGCAAGCUGAAUUGUCUUCAACCCCCAAGCCUCAAACGGAAGGUAAAGAAUGCAAAGUAGUUUCGACUGGGGCGGCAAAAUUGCCCAAACUCGUCAUUUCCAAGUUUGGCGGCUCCUUUCUGGCUGGCCGAAAUUUUGGGGACAAUUUUCUGAGGCGGUCGAUAAAAGUUCACUAGCACCAAUAACGUAAUUCACCUAUCUGUUAGAGCUGCUUGAACCGAAUGCAAAACGUA